AUGGGAAGGCUUGUCACAGUCUCUACAUCUAAUUUGAAUAAUUGGGCUCUUGAUUGGGAGGGGAACCUGAAUCGCAUCAAGGAAGCCAUCAAGGUCGCCCAAGAAAAUGGAUCACGCUAUGUCACCACGCCGGAACUGUCAAUUCCUGGAUAUGGAUGUCUCGACCACUUUCUUGAACAAGAUACGGUCACACACAGUUGGCAAAUGCUAAACUCCCUGCUUGUUGACCGCGAACUCGAUGGCAUCAUGUACGAUGUUGGCAUGCCAGUUAGGCAUUCAGGAAAUCUUUACAACGCGAGGAUCGUCGUACUUAAUGGCAAGAUAUUGUUGAUUCGACCCAAGAUGAGCCUCGCGAUGGCCGGAAAUUAUCGAGAAGGCCGAUACUUCAUCCCCUGGUCUGGACCCCAACGCGUCGAGCAGUACACAUUACAUGAGCUUCCCACUGCUGCGCGCUCUCUUCAAGACUCAGCUUUCGUCCCAAUUGGGGACGCCAUAGUAUCUGCCCUCGACUGCUCAAUAGGCUACGAAACCUGCGAAGAGCUAUUUACACCUCGGGCGCCACAUAUAGACUUGAGCUUAGCUGGCGUUGACAUCAUCAUCAAUUCGUCAGGUUCUCACCAUGAGCUCCGCAAGCUCGACGUCCGUCUCGAUCUGAUCCGCAUGGUAUUGGUCAAUGGCACUAUGCUCGCGCAGGUCUCUCAAUUCUCCCUGAAUGAUAUCGAAGUCUGCCACGCCACCAUCGACUUGGAGGAAAUAUGGAGCUUCAGAACAAAUCCAUCUCGUGGCCUACAAGCUGCAUCAGCUCCUCGAUAUGAGCGCUUCAGGGCGGAUUUCCGCCUGUCGUCUGACGGAGACUUUGAUCCCAACAUCCGCCCCACUCCAGUACAGCCGCUCCGCUACCAUCGACCCGAAGAAGAAAUUGCUCUGGGACCUGCAUGCUGGCUUUGGGACUACCUCCGUCGAUCCGGUCAGGCUGGCUUCAUGCUGCCCCUCAGCGGAGGGAUCGAUAGCUGCGCCACGGCAACUCUAGUAUUCUCCAUGUGCCGCCUCGUGUACAAGGCUGUACAGGACGGCAACAAGCAAGUUCUCAAGGAUGUCCGCCGCAUCGUAGGCCCUUAUCACGGCGAAGACUGGGUACCUACAAGCCCAAAGCAAAUAUGCAACGGCAUUCUUCAUACCGUAUACAUGGGUAUGUCUCAGCAAUCAAGCAAAGAGACCAGGAGUCGUGCCAAGAGGUUGGCCGAAGACAUUGGAUGCCACCAUGUUGAGGCCGAUAUUGACGACAUUUUUUUCGCCACGAAGAACAACUUGACCAAAACGCUUAGCUUCACGCCGCGAUUCAAGGCUCAUGGAGGCUCGCCUGCUGAGAAUCUGGCAUUGCAGAAUAUACAGGCCCGUACACGUCUAGUGCAAGCGUACUACUUCGCUCAAAUGCUCCCAUUAACUAGGGGUAGACCUAAUGGAGGUAGUCUUCUGGUCCUUGCGUCAGGAAACGUCGACGAGUGUCUGCGUGGGUACCUCACCAAGUACGACUGUAGCAGUGCCGACCUCAACCCCAUUGGAAGUAUCUCCAAAGGAGACCUCAAGAGCUUCAUUUCUUACGCUCAGCAUGAAUUUUUGCUGCCCAUUCUCGGUGAAUUCAUCGACGCAACCCCAACGGCCGAACUCGAACCACUCACAGAAGACUAUGUCCAGAGCGACGAGGUCGACAUGGGCAUGACAUACGCAGAACUCGGAGUCUUUGGCAAAUGCCGCAAAGAGCUUAAACUUGGUCCAUACGGAACCUGGGUUCGCCUAGCACACGAAUGGUCCGACAAGUACACUCCCGCCGAGGUCGCAGUCAAGGUGAAACGGUUCUUCCACUACUACGCCAUCAACCGCCACAAGAUGACGACAAUGACGCCUUCCUAUCAUGCGGAGGCAUAUUCGCCAGAUGAUAACCGAUUCGACUUGAGGCCUUUCCUGUACCCGCCUUUCUACCAGAACUGGAGCUUCAAGCGCAUUGAUGAGGAGGUGGCGAAGUGGGAGAAGAAGAAGCUGGAAAAGGAGAAGCUGGAGAAGGCUUGA